ACCGCUGGCAACCACUUGCUUGUUAGCAAGGGGUUUUUCUAGUAUUAUAUCUUUUUAUUUUACUUAUUUUUUUAUAUAAAAUGGCACGUAAAGAGGAACCGAAAAUACUACCCAAUAACGAUUUGGAGAAGAGAAUAAUAGAAGCGUUUGAAGUUUUCGAUCACUCCGGAAAACAAGUUGUCGACGUCAGAGAAAUUGGGACCAUACUGCGCUCUUUAGGCUGCUGUCCCACCGAGGCGGAGGUACAAGAAGUAAUUCUGGGUACGGAGAAUAAGGAAGCGACGGGCAACGUACCGCUAACCAACUUCCUGCCAUACAUGACGAAAGCUAUGAUCGAACACCGAUUCUACCCAGCCAGCGCGGAAACUCUGCUGGCGGCUUUCAAAUUCUUUGACGAGGAGGGAAGAGGGUACCUCACCAAGGAGACCUUCACAAAGCUGAUGAUGGAAGAGGGAGAGCCUUUCACACAGGAGGAAUUAGACGAGAUGAUGCAAGCCGCGCUGGACCCAGUCUCAAACGUCAUCACUUAUGAGUACUAUAUCAACCAGCUUAUGGCCGCCUCCUCAGAAGUGUACAGAAUAGCUGAUAAAGUUGAAGAAGAGAGAAGGAGAUUAGAAGAAUUGACUCCCAAGAAGAAAGACAUCGCUACGCUAUUGAAAGAACUGCAGUGAUUGAAAGGUCGAAGACGAAGUCAUAGCAAGCGAAGAGACCAAAUAACAACAAGAUAAUAUAACAGAAAAUCAUAUUAUUAUUCAAAGUUCAAACAUAUUAUAUUGUAUAAA